ACCGCUCCUAUAUAAGAUCUCUGCAACACUCUCCCCCGAAAAGUUCCCAUCCGAAAGCUCAUUCCAAGUAGCUAGCAGUCACCCACUUUCUCUCUUUUUCCUUCUUCAGUUCAGUUCUUCCGCUGAAGGAAUUUCAUCAACAUGAUCGUCAAGGCUGUUGUUUUCGCCACCUUUCUUACUUUGGCCUUCGCUGGAGAACAUUAUGGCUACGAAGCAGAGGAAGACCAUCAUUAUGAGCCCCAACCUUAUCACUUUGGAUACCAUGUUAAGGACCACCACGGCGAACAACAUAGGGAAGAAGCCAGUGAUGGGCAUGGUAACGUGAAGGGUAGUUACGGUUUCGUUGAUGAGAAAGGAAUCCACCGAGAAGUCCAUUACGUUGCUGACGAGAAAGGAUUCCGUGCUGAAAUUAAGACCAACGAGCCUGGAACUGCCAACCAACAGCCUGCUAAUGUUGGAUUCCAUUCGAACGCUCAUGAAUAUCUUCAUCUUCACGAAGAUGUUCCAGAACCACACCAUCAAGAAUAUUUCAGCUAAAUGAUGAAUGACCGGCCUAUAGAACAUAAUUACAAUUGAAACGCAAGUAUUCAAGGACCAGACGAAUAAUUAUCUGAUUCGAAUAUGCAACUAACUGCCAUGGGUAUUGCAUAUCAUCUAUGAAUGGCACUAACCGUCAAGGAUUAUGGAUCUCCAAGGAUUAUGCAUUUCCAAGGAUUAUGGAUUUCCAUAAAAGUAUCACAGCAGCAGGACUACUCUCUUACUUGUUUAGAGUGUGUACAUAGUUGGCAUAUUCAAAUACGUCUGUUUAACGAACAGACAUCCUCAAGUGUCUUUCACUGCAAAAAUGGUACCGAUUCGCAGCUUCAUGUUUAUAAAUUUAAAAAAUAUUUAUUGUCUUUCUUCAAAGGAAAAUAGUUAAUUUUGUUUAUUCAAGCUCAUGUGGGACUAUUUAGUUGUUCCUCCUUUUGCUUUAAUGUAAAAACAAUAAUUUUAUUUAAAAUUCAAUUUUCUUAUACUACUAUUUGCUUAAGUGAUCUCGAGCGGAACGCUAUAUGAAACCAAACACUAUAAACCAAACACGAAGUCUACUUAAAUGCCAAAAUAUUCAUCUGUGCAAGUAUUAGUCAGAAAGGGUUUCAUAGCUUAAUUUAAAAUGUGAGAAAUCCAAUCAACAUGUUUAUCUAUGAAAUCUUUUCUAGUAUUUCCAGUUAUCGAACUUUUCUCAUGCAUGGGAACACUUGAAAUGUUUUAUGGAUGUUUGUAAAUAAAGCAUUUAUUUAUUUAA